AUGGACUUAAUGGAUAUUCAAGAUAUAUCAUAUAUUGAUUAUGAUGAAUUGGGUGUACGUCCAUUGAACUUUAUUGAUGACAGUAAUGAUAUUGAUUUUGAUGAUAACAUACAUGGAUAUUAUGGAAAAGACAAACAAGAUGAUUUAAAAUUUCACAGCCAUGAAAAAAAAUUAUUAACGGAUGAAAGUGAUGCGAUAAUACCUGACGAUGACGAUAAUUCGACUUAUGAGAUUGAUCCGGAAACUGGUGAGAAAAUCUUUCGCGAGGUGUCUGUUUUAUCAAGUCCGUCUUUUUCAAUAACAAACGAAAAGUGGAUCGAAACAUAUCUAUCUAAUAUCGAACCACCAUCAUCAACAACUAUCAAUCGAUUAACAACAACGACAACAAUAACACCAACUAGUGGUUUACUUUUCGAAGGUAUCGAAUUAGGUGACGAUCAAACAGAGCCAAAUUGGUUUUCAAAUUAUAUUUCUCUUGACGAAUCAACGAACAAUAUCAUGUUUAAUGAUCAACUUCUUUCUGGUCAAUAUAUUGAUGAUGAUCAUAAUAAAAAUCCUCCACAAACAACAUCACCGAUACUUAUACCACUAUCUAAUACAACUAAACAAAAUUCAAUAAUGAACUUAUUAAGUGUUUCUUUAGAUGACGAAUAUUCAUUAAGUAGCAAUAGUAAUAAUAGUCGAUUACAAAGAUCAUUUUCACCCUAUGAAACUGAUAGUGAAUUAACAUUUGAUGGGUCUUGUAUUGAAACAAAAUUAGAAAAAAUUGAACAUGAUGAACAUUUAAUGACACAUAUGUUUGCUCGUCGAUCGAGUACACGCGCAAAUUAUCAAGGACAACAAGAUGAAGACACUUUACGACGAUAUAAUAUUCCACUUGCAUUAUAUGAUAUAACUCAAUCUAGUACUGAAGAAUAUAAUCGCCAUUUAGCACGAUUAAGCCAUUUAAGUCAAGAACAAAUACAUCUUAUAAAAGAUAUACGUCGUCGUGGAAAAAAUAAAAUUGCAGCACAAAAUUGUCGAAAACGAAAAGCGAUUAAUGUUGAAUCAUUACUUGAAGAAGUUGAUGAUUUAAAACGUCUUAAACAUGAUUUAGAACAACGUAAAAAAUCAUUUCAACAACAAAUAAUUGAAACGCGUAAUCAAUAUGAGUAUCUUCAUCGACAAGUAUUACCUGAUCGACAAUUACCACCAGCAAUUAUUGUAAAAUAA